AAGUUCACGUAGUACCUAUUUCUCAAAAAGAUCUUACCGGGCGCGGGCUAAACAGAAUAUAACCAUUACGCUAAGCGCGGGCGCACAUUGACACUUUGAUAAGAUUGUACUUUGGAAUUUGACUUUUACAGUACUGCUUGUGAUAAUAAAGUAAAAUUUUUAGGAUAUAUAAUUUUUUACAAGUUUAUUUGUUACCAAAAUGAUCCAAUUCGGCAUUAUUGCUAGAAACUUUUCUAGUUCUUCUGCAGUACAAAGUGCAAUCAAAAAUGUUACCGUUAUUGGAGGUGGAUUAAUGGGAUCCGGCAUCGCUCAGGUGUCGGCCCAAGCCGGACAAAAUGUUACACUGGUGGACGUCAGCUCCGAUGUGCUGGCCAAAGCCCAGAAGUCAAUCGGCACGAACUUGGGCCGAGUCGCCAAGAAGGUCUACAAAGACAAUCCUGCAGAGGGAGAGAAGUUCGUGGCCGAGUCCCUGGGCAGGAUCAAGACACUAACAGACCCUGCUGAGGCUGCCAAGUCAGCAGAUUUAGUUGUUGAGGCCAUUGUUGAGAACAUGGAGGUCAAGCACAAACUGUUCAAACAGCUGGAUGGGGUUGCACCGAGCCACACAAUUUUUGCCUCAAACACCUCGUCACUGUCAAUUAAUGAGAUUGCAUCCGUAGUCAAUAGGAAAGACAAAUUUGGUGGUCUCCACUUCUUUAACCCUGUGCCAGUAAUGAAACUACUGGAAGUGGUUCGUGGAGCUGAAACAAACGAUGCCACAUACCAAGCCAUGAUGUCUUGGGGCAAGUCCGUGGGCAAGACUUGCAUCACAUGCAAGGACACCCCUGGAUUUGUGGUGAACAGGCUGCUUGUCCCAUAUAUAUGCGAGGCUAUUAGGUUAUUUGAAAGAGGUGAUGCAUCCGCCCGUGACAUCGAUAUCGCGAUGAAGCUUGGAGCUGGGUACCCCAUGGGACCCUUGGAGCUGGCCGACUAUGUAGGUCUGGACACCAACAAAUUCAUCCUGGAUGGAUGGCACAAGAAGUACCCUGACCAGCCCUUGUUUAACCCUAUCCCAUUGCUAGACAAACUGGUGUCUGAGGGGAAACUAGGUGUUAAGAGUGGUGAGGGAUUCUACAAGUAUGACAAGAAAUAAAAUGUUAGCAAAUCAUGAAGUAUAUUCUAUUUUUGAAGAGUAAAUUAUUUUAAUAUUUA